GGUGAGAACAAUUUUAUAAUUUAUUCAUUACAAGUGAAAGAGAGUAAUUUGACUAAUAGGGUUUAUUUUGUGCUACACUAAAACCCUCUUUGCUUUACACUACAGUCACAGUGCCCCUCUCUUUUUGAUUUGCUCUUCUUCCAUUCUGGUUCUGCUUCUCAGUGCUCCCCUCUCAAAGUUUUCUUUUUUCCCCCCUAUUAUAGUCUAUAGAGGUUUCCAACGCUUGAUCGAGGACAUGGCGGCUGUCACGGAAUUUGGGGUGUCUCAAUUCUUGCAGGGUACCUCCAGGCAAACUUUGUUUCUGAAAAAGAGGUCUCAGAGACGAAGUCAUAUGUUAUGGGGUAAGCUUUGGAAUCGGAAUUGGGUUCUGGGAUCAUCUUCAAGAGCUUUGCCUUUAAGGUGCCAGGCUCAAGAAAAUCCUAAAGCUGUGGUUUCUGGUGGUGUGAGCAGUUCAGUAGAAGAGCAACCGGGUUUGGUUGAGAAGUCUGCCUCAGAAGUUGUUCAUUUGUAUCGUGUCCCGUUUAUGCAAGAUAGUGCAGCUGCUGAGCUUCUAAAGGAGGCUCAAGUGAAAAUCUCUAAUCAGAUUGUGGAAAUACAGACGGAGCAAUGCUAUAAUAUUGGCCUUGGUUCACAACUUUCAAGUAAAAAGUUUUCAGUUCUUAAAUGGCUUCUUCAAGAAACGUUUGAGCCUGAGAAUCUGGGAACCGAGAGCUUUCUCCAGAAGAAGAGGAAGCAGGGUUUGGUUCCAGUUAUCGUCGAGGUUGGCCCCAGGUUGUCAUUUACCACAGCAUGGUCUACUAAUGCUGUGGCAAUUUGCCAAGCCUGUGGUUUGACGGAAGUGAACCGUUUGGAACGGUCAAGGAGGUACUUGUUGUUCACCACAAGUGAACUGCAAGAUCAUCAAAUCAAUGAGUUUGCAUCAAUGGUGCAUGAUAGGAUGACUGAAUGUGUUUACGCUCAGAAACUAACAUCCUUUGAGACCAGUGUAGUUCCAGAAGAAAUUCGUUAUAUACCUGUCAUGGAGAGGGGACGAAAGGCAUUAGAAGAGAUUAAUCUGGAGAUGGGUUUUGCCUUUGAUGACCAGGAUUUGGAAUUCUACACCAAACUCUUCAGGGAAGACAUUAAGCGCAAUCCAACAAAUGUGGAGUUGUUUGAUAUUGCGCAGUCCAACAGUGAGCACAGCAGACACUGGUUUUUUUCUGGAAAGAUUUUCAUUGAUGGACAGCUUAUGAGUAGAACUCUUAUGCAAAUUGUGAAAAGUACUCUACAGGCAAAUCCAAAUAACUCAGUUAUUGGCUUUAAGGAUAACUCGAGUGCAAUAAGAGGUUUCCCAGUAAAGCAGCUCCGACCAGUUCAGCCUGGUUCAGUAUGCCCGUUAGAUGUUGCAGCACAUGAGCUAGAUAUCUUGUUUACUGCUGAAACACAUAAUUUUCCAUGUGCAGUGGCACCUUAUCCUGGUGCAGAGACUGGUGCAGGAGGUCGAAUUAGAGAUACACAUGCUACAGGAAGGGGGUCAUUUGUCCAGGCAGCUACAGCUGGUUAUUGUGUUGGGAAUCUCAACACUGCAGGCUUUUAUGCUCCAUGGGAAGAUCCCUCCUUUACUUAUCCAUCAAAUUUGGCAUCACCUUUACAGAUUCUUAUAGAUUCUAGUAAUGGUGCAUCUGACUAUGGGAACAAAUUCGGAGAGCCAUUGAUCCAGGGUUUCUGCAGAACAUUUGGAAUGAGACUUCCUAGUGGGGAUAGGCGAGAAUGGUUGAAGCCAAUCAUGUUUAGUGCAGGCAUUGGACAGAUUGACCACCUUCAUAUAUCAAAGGGAGAGCCUGACAUUGGUAUGCUGGUUGUUAAGAUUGGAGGUCCGGCUUAUCGUAUUGGUAUGGGAGGUGGGGCAGCCUCAAGCAUGGUCAGUGGGCAGAAUGAUGCGGAGCUUGAUUUCAAUGCUGUGCAACGUGGGGAUGCUGAAAUGGCUCAAAAACUAUACCGUCUUGUUCGUGCCUGUAUUGAGAUGGGGGAGAAAAAUCCUAUUAUUAGCAUUCAUGACCAGGGUGCUGGUGGGAACUGCAAUGUUGUAAAGGAAAUUAUAUAUCCAAAAGGUGCUGAGAUAGAUGUCCGAGCAAUUGUGGUUGGUGAUCAUACAAUGUCUGUUCUAGAAAUUUGGGGUGCAGAGUAUCAGGAGCAGGAUGCAAUCUUGGUGAAGCCUGAGAGUCAUGAUAUCCUUAAAUCGAUCUGUAGUAGGGAGAAAGUUUCAAUGGCUGUUAUUGGAACUAUUAGUGGUGAUGGACGUGUUGUUUUAGUUGAUAGUUCAGCAACUCAGAAGUGUAUUUCUAAUGGACUCCCCCCACCUGCCCCUGCUGUGGAUCUUGAACUGGAGAAAGUCCUUGGUGACAUGCCUAAGAAAUCAUUUAAAUUUAAUCGGGUUGUUUAUGAGCGGGAGCCACUAGAUCUUGCCCCUGGUGUUGCGGUGAUAGAUUCUCUGAAGAGGGUAUUGAGUUUACCAUCUGUCUGUUCAAAACGCUUCUUAACAACAAAAGUUGAUAGGUGUGUUACUGGUCUAGUGGCACAGCAGCAGACUGUUGGUCCGUUGCAGAUUCCUCUAGCUGAUGUUGCUGUUACAGCUCAAACUUUUGCUGAUGUGACUGGAGGUGCUUGUGCCAUUGGGGAACAACCAAUCAAAGGUCUUUUAGACCCCAAAGCAAUGGCUCGGUUGGCUGUUGGAGAAGCACUGACAAAUCUUGUAUGGGCAAAGGUAACUUCUCUUUCUGAUGUCAAGGCUAGUGGUAAUUGGAUGUAUGCUGCCAAGCUUGAUGGGGAAGGAGCUGAUAUGUAUGAUGCUGCCAUAUCUUUAUCUGAAGCAAUGAUUGAACUUGGCAUUGCUAUUGAUGGAGGGAAAGACAGUCUUUCUAUGGCAGCCCAUGCUGAAAAUGAAGUUGUUAAGGCCCCAGGUAACCUUGUCAUCAGUGUUUAUGUUACAUGUCCUGAUAUAACAAAAACAGUAACUCCAGAUUUAAAAUUAAAGGACGAUGGUAUUUUGCUUCAUAUUGAUUUGUCAAAGGGUAAGAGGCGAUUAGGUGGAUCUGCUCUUGCCCAAGCAUUUGACCAAGUUGGGGAUGAGUGUCCUGAUCUUGAUGAUGUUCCUUACCUUAAAAAGGUCUUUGAAGGUGUUCAAGACCUUCUUACUGAUGAACUGAUCUCUGCUGGUCAUGACAUCAGUGAUGGUGGGCUGCUAGUUUGUGCCUUAGAGAUGGCAUUUGCCGGAAAUUGUGGACUUGAUUUGGAUUUGACAUCACAAGGUAAUAGCCUUUUCCAAACACUCUAUGCUGAAGAGCUUGGGCUAGUUCUUGAGGUAAGCAAGAAAAAUCUGGCUUUGGUAAUGGAUAAAUUGAAAAAUGUGGGUGUUUCUGCUGAAGUCAUAGGUCAAGUAACUGCCAAUCCAUUGAUAGAAGUUAAGGUUGAUGGGGUGUCUCACCUAAGUGAGAAAACUAGCAUCCUUAGGGAUAUGUGGGAAGAUACCAGUUUUCAGCUGGAGAAGUUCCAAAGAUUGGCAUCUUGUGUGGAUAUGGAGAGAGAAGGGCUAAAACAUCGAUAUGAGCCCUCGUGGCAACUGUCCUUUACUCCUUCCUUUACUGAUGGAAAGCUUAUGGCUGCAGCUGUUAAACCUAAAGUGGCUGUGAUUAGAGAAGAAGGGAGCAAUGGAGACAGAGAAAUGGCUGCAGCAUUUUAUGCUGCUGGUUUUGAACCAUGGGAUAUCACUAUGUCAGACCUUCUUAAUGGAAAGGUCUCUUUGCAAGAGUUUCGUGGGAUUGUUUUUGUUGGAGGGUUUAGCUAUGCUGAUGUGCUGGAUUCAGCAAAAGGCUGGUCUGCUUGCAUUAGAUUCAAUGAGCCCGUUUUACAACAAUUUCAGGAGUUUUACAAGCGUCCAGACACUUUCAGUCUAGGUGUAUGCAAUGGAUGCCAGUUAAUGGCUUUGUUGGGAUGGGUACCAGGCCCACAAGUUGGGGGUGUACACGGUGCUGGUGGUGACCUAUCACAACCGAGGUUCAUUCAUAAUGAGUCAGGGCGGUUUGAGUGCCGCUUUACAAGUGUGACCAUAAAGGACUCACCGGCUAUAAUGUUCAAAGGUAUGGCAGGUAGCACUUUGGGUAUUUGGGCUGCUCAUGGUGAGGGAAGAGCUUAUUUCCCUGAUGAAGGUGUGUUGGACCGUAUAGUUCAUUCUGAGUUAGCUCCUAUACGAUAUUGUGAUGAUGCUGGGAAUCUGACUGAGGCCUACCCUUUCAAUGUGAAUGGCUCACCUCUAGGGGUAGCAGCUAUUUGUUCCCCAGAUGGAAGACAUCUUGCCAUGAUGCCUCAUCCAGAGCGUUGCUUCUUAAUGUGGCAGUUCCCAUGGUAUCCUAAGCAGUGGGACGUGGACAAGAAGGGGCCUAGUCCUUGGUUGCGCAUGUUCCAGAAUGCAAGAGAGUGGUGUUCCUGAGAUGUUCAAAUGUUUUUCAUUUUUAUUUUUUUUCUUUCUUUCCAUGAAGCACUUUUGCUUGCUUUAGUUUAUGACUUGUCCAUCUCCUCCUUCAAUAAUUAAUGAACCGGUUACUCAACAACAUAGUGCAAUAUUGAAGUAACAAGUUUAAAGGACUUAUAUUUUCUACAUUGGUGAAACUCUACUUUAUUGUAAGAUAUUCAGCUUUCAAUCAAGUGGAAAGAUCGAGAAUUUUCAAUA